AUGGUCCCUAGCACGGCAAAAACAAAUAACUUCCUUUCGAGGCGGGGAAGGCCGAAAAAGCUUGACCAAAAGCUUAUCGACAAAAUUAUAUACACAUUCGAGAGUUCAAAAUCAAGGUCGUGGGAGCAACUAGCACGUGAAUUCGGGAUUGGAGAUGUUCACUGGCAAACUCUGCGAAACCGUGUUGUCAAUGAGGGGUACUGCAAAAGCAUGGGAUGUCAUAUGCUGUGGUUGACUAUGGAAGCUAGGAACGCACGCCUCAGCUUCGCAACCUCUUACUACGCCUGGCGAAGUGAAUGGCGCUCGGUCAUUUUCAUCAGCCAUGCGGAGGUGGAAUUGAAAGAAAACCAAGCUAGCAGAGUCCACGUCGAUAAAGAACAGAAAUACUGUUUCCAGUGUUUACAAAAACGGAAAAGCAAACGUGCAAAGUUGUUUCAAUGCUGGGUGAUGGUCGGUUUUAAUCGAACGCCAAAGCUCGCCUUUGUUCCUGAAAAAGAGACCUCGGGCGUCAAGGAACAGCCUAGCCCUCGACGGAUUCAUCGUGAACACUCCAUACCCCACCAACAGAGUCCGAAACAUGUCGUCCUUGACGAAGGUGCAACGACCCCACAAUUCUUCGACGGCUCUUACGAAAAUGGUGCUGAAAUUAUCCGACUGCCACCAAAUUCUCCAGAACUUAAUAUUGGGCAAGACGUACUUUCAUAUUUGAAGAACAAGAUUCAAAAACGCACCCAUGGAAGCACCGAUAACCGAGAGUUCGCUGAGGCUCAAAACAUAUCGAUACGUUGCGUCAACAAAUUGGUUGACUCAAUGUUCUCAAGAAUCGCAACAGUCAUUGCAAGGGAAGGCAAGCCUAUAUAA